CUGACGCAUACACACACACACACACACGUAGCUUUCCCCAGCUGUGAGGAUCAACAGAGCAUUUCAAUCGUUUGGACUGAAGAGCAGCUCCUUCCUGGACUGUGUGUGACUAAGACACCACAAAUAGAGAUCAAGAUGGGUGGUCCUUCGGAAUUCGACCAUGACUACCAUUACAACGACCAUGACAACAGUUCCAACCACAGUUACUAUGAUGAUGACUUUUCAGACUACCCCACGGUCUGUGACAAACAAGAGAUCCGGUCCUUUGCAGGGGUCUUUUUGCCUGUGGUGUACACCCUAGCCUUGAUCCUGGGUCUGGCAGGAAAUUCACUGGUUGUCUUUGUGUACCUUUCCCACAAGCGUUUACGAACCCUGACAGAUGUCUUGAUCCUCAACCUGGCCUUUGCAGAUCUCCUCCUCCUCCUCACAUUGCCCUUCUGGGCCGCAGAUGCAGUGAACGGCUGGGAAAUUGGCAUAGCUGCCUGCAAGAUCACCUCCGCCCUCUACACCACCAACUUCAGCUGUAGCAUGUUGCUGCUGGCCUGCAUUAGCAUCGACCGUUAUCGUGCACUAGCUAGAGGUUCCACUACCGCCCACGUUCUGGGCAGGAACAAUGGCCGCAGGCAGAGUAUAAUAGUGUGCCUCCUAGUUUGGGCAUUGGCCAUUUUGUUAGGGUUGCCUGAUAUGGUGUUCUAUACAGUAAGACAGCAUUCUGGAGGGCGUAACGCCUGCCGGGCGGUUUACCCACACAGCAUGGCGCGGGCGGCUAAAGCCACUCUGGAAAUUUUGGAGGUGUUGUUUAGCUUCCUUUUGCCCUUCCUGGUGAUGAUGUUCUGUUAUUGCAGGGUGGGAGUGGCGCUGAGUCAAGCCGCUACAGCAGGGGUACGGGGCAGCAGGAGAUGGCGGGCAUUUCGGGUGUUGAUAGCAGUAGUGGGGGUGUUUCUGUUGACCCAGUUGCCAUACAAUGUGGUCAAACUGGUCCGAGCUCUGGAUGUGAUCUAUAUGUUGGUAACGGAAUGUGAGGUGAGCAAAAAUUUGGACAGAGUCACUCAAAUCACAGAGAGCCUGGCCCUUACGCAUUGCUGCCUGAAUCCAGUGCUUUACAUCUUCAUUGGAUCGUCCUUCAAAGUGCACAUGCUGAAGCUCGCCAAGCACUGUGGUCAGACAGGAAGAGGUUAUCGUCAUGGCAAUGAGCAGCCAACCGUGGAGAUCUCCCUUAAGUCAGGCGAACAAAAUCAUGCUCACUCUUCCUCGGACAAUGAAGACACAAGUACAUUCACCAUAUGACUCAAACACUUACAGUACGUACCGUCUUUAAUUUAGCUCUGGAGACUGUUGAAUGUAUUCUAAGAUAGUGGAUCUUAACAAGUAGAUAGACACCCAAAAAUGGGUCCAAUAAAACUUAGUACUGGUGCAAAAAAUGCUACAUUUAAAUAACAGUAUUUGCUAGUAAGCAAUAAAAUUACUUGGAGACAGAUUUCAACAUCGACAGGUUGCAUGACAUACCCUCAUCCUCCAUUAUCAAAACUAUGCAAGGUCAAAGAAAAUACAACCCACAUUACAUUAUAUACGGGUUACAGUACUAAAAUCUGGUUAAACAUGUAAAUCUGGGUCCUCAAGCCAACCAGUUGAGAACCACAGCUUUAAGACACUAUUACAGAAAAGACAAGGAUGUCUAAGUAACUUUGACAUUUCACACAACCACUGCUCUUAAAUACUAUUUUAGAAAAGGAUGUUUAUUUAACUUUGACAUUUUCCAUAAGCAGAUGUCAUGUACUAUGUCUGGUUAUAUUGUCUUUGACAUCAUUUAUGACAUUUUAUUUGUAUAUAUGCCUGAAGAUCAAAGCAUGAUAUUUAUCAGUAGGCCUGUACAGAAUCCUUGCCUGCAGAAUUCCACAGAAAGCUCUGCAAAAUUUGCACACCUGUUAUUCACAAGAUCUUCCUAAUCCUCGCAUGUUUUUUUUUAAAGCAAUAAACUAUGAGGCCAUGAGUUCCAGUGAUUUUAUCACGGGUAAAAGGUGUUCUUUUUUUUAUUUAUAUUUUUAUCCCCUUUUCUCUCCAAUUUUGAAUGCCCAAUUCCCACUACUUAGUAAGUCCUCAUGGUGGCGCGGUUACUCUUAUCAAUCUGGGUGGUGGAGGACAAGUCUCAGUUGCCUCCGCUUCUGAGACUGUCAAUCCACACAUGUUAUCACGUGGCCCAUUGUGCAUGACACUGCUGAGACUCACAGUAUGUGGAGGCUCAUGCUACUCUCCGCGAUCCACACACAACUUACCACCCAUCCCAUGGAGAGCAAGAACCACUAAUCACGACCACAAGGAGGUUACCCCAUGUGACUCUACCCUCCCUAGGAACCGGACCAAUUUGGUUGCUUAGGAGACCUGGCUGGAGUCACUCAGCACACCCUGGAAUAUAACUCACGACUCCAGGUUAUGGUAGUCAGUGUCAAUACUUACUGAGGUACCCAGGCUCCCAUAAAAGAUGUUCUUACACUCCUAAAUAUGUUACGGCAUAACCAUAAUAAAUUCACUGUAAGCCUCGAGUGGCUUUUUUUUAAUAAUAUAGCAGCAAAAGCAAUAUAAUUAAAGGCACUAAUAUUAAUUAAAAAGUUACAUUUAUUAAUAUUAAUUCUAAACAAUUGCAAUAUAGUAAUAUACUAACUUAGUAACUUGUAGUUGACCCAUACAUUUUAAUUCUCUCAUAAUUUACUCACCCUCCUGCCAUCCCAGAUGUGUAUGAACACAAACAAUGAUUUUUAGAAAAAUAUUUCAGCUCUGUAGUUCUAAACAAUCCAUUUGAAUGGUGAACAGAAAUGUGAAAGUCCAAAAAGCAUUUAAAGGCAGCAUAAAAGUAAUCCAUAUGACUCCAGUGGUUAAAUCCACGCCUUCUGAAGAGAUAUGACAGGUGUGGGUAAAAAACAGAUCGAUAUUUAAUUUAAAAAUGUUUUUUUACUAUAAAUUCUCCUCCCUGACCAGUAGGUGGCGAUAUGCAAAAAGAAUGUGAAUCAACAAAAACAAAAGAAGAAUGUGAAAGUGAAGUUUGAUAGUAAAAAUAAUGUAAUAUUGAUUUCUCACCCACACCUAGCUUCUGAAGAUAUGGAUUUAACAAUGGAGUCGAAUAGAUUACUUUUACGCUGCCUUUAUGUGGUUUUGAGAUUAAAUAUUUUGGUACUCAUUCACUUGCACUGUGAGGACCAAAAAAGGUGAAAUAAUCUUUUACAAAUCUUCAUUUGUGUUUUGCAGAAGAAAUAAAAUCAUACACAUCUAGGAUGGCAUAAGGGCGAGUAAAUAAUUUUAAUUAUUUGGUGAACUAUUACUUUAAUGCAUUAGAAUUGAAUGUGCAUUCAGCAUUCAGAGUUGAACUGUUUUAUAAAACAAAUUUUUUUCUAAAAUGUUAAAGCCAAUAAGUAGUGUUUUCUCUGUUGUCUCAGCUUGAUUUAAUACAUAUGACCACAUUUAAAUCCAUUCCAUACAAUUCUGCGGAUUCUCCCACACAAUCAGUGCAGAACAGAUUUCGUGUGGGCAUAUUUAUGAACUGUACUGAAACCAUGUAUAGAAAGUGUCUACCAAGCUUGGGGGCCAUAUGUAAAAGAGAUGCCCUGAUAACCAGCAGUUAUGUAGUUGUACAGUUAAUGUCACCAAUGUAAAUAUUUAUUUCAAGAAUAAAGCUUAUUUUAUAAACUU